AUGUUAACGUUAGCAUGGCUCGCACGACAAGCUCGCAGAGCGGCUCAAUUCAGCCGCAGCGAGGCCUUCACCACCACUCUCCUCGCAGCAGCUCGAGCUGUCACCCUGUCAGCACUGAUUCUCUACCUCCUCAUCACCACCUCCACCUGGCUCGAGCCCGAACGACGGCCACCAAAUUACCCCGUCCCUCAAUUUCCGCAAUUCCACGUGGACCCCUCCUCGGGUCGCAUUCGCGACGCGUACAACCGCGAGCGCGUGUUUCACGGCGUGAACGCCGUCUUCAAAGGCCCGCCAUGGCACCCGCCCGUGCUCGACUCGUUUCACCCAGAGCUUUCCUUCUCCCCGGCCGACUUCGCAAUUCUCCAGACCCUAGGCCUGAACGUGGUGCGCCUGGGAGUCAUGUGGCCCGGCGUGCACCCGGCGCGCGGGGAGACCAACGCGACGUACCUCCACGUGAUGAAGCGCAUGGUGCGGCAGAUGCGCGCGGCUGGAAUCUACACCCUGGUCGACUUUCACCAGGACGUUUUCGGGUCGCGAUUCUGCGGGGAAGGCGCGCCGUCGUGGCUGUUCGACGAGCAGACGGAGUUUCAUUUGCUGCCACGUGGAACGCUGGAUGACGAGGCAGCAGAGAGAGUAGAGACAACGGAGGCGACAGGCACAGCGGUAACCCCAGAGCCGGCAGAAACGGCAGCUGCAGCAGAGACCACAGCUACCAGGUCACACAAAACCUUCCCGUUAGGGCGCGCGGAAACCCUCGCAGAGGCGAAAACCGGUGAAAACGAUAUGGUAACAGCCUCCCACGCGUCCGAGUCCCCGUCCGGAAGCCCGGGCACGAGCAGCAGAAGCAGCAGCCAGACCCGUCGGUUUCAUGCCAGCGACCCAGACCCAAAGCAGUGCGAGCGGCACUCAUGGAGCGACUACCACUUCACGUACGCCGUAGCCCGGGCCUUCCAGGACCUGUACGAGAACCGCUGGGGCUGGAGAGACCGCAUGGCGGAUUACUGGGCAGAGGUGGCGCGCGCGUUUAAAGACGAGGACGGAGUUCUGGGGUAUGAUCUCAUUAACGAGCCGUGGGUUGGUGACGAGUUUUCAAACCCCAUGCUCAUGGCGCCGGGCGUUGCUGACAAGCUGAAUCUGGCUCCGCUGUACGAGCACCUGCAAGCAGCUAUUCGGGCGGAAGACCCGAGUAAACUGAUUGCGUUUGAGACUGUCACGUUUGAUGAUGCGGUGAGCGGGUUGCGGUGGGUCCCGGGCGGGCAGGCUUGGCGGAACAUGAGCGUGCUGAGUUACCACCACUACCGGCCGCCCAACGUUGCGGUGCGGGCGACCAUGAAGCAACGCAUGGCGGAGCGCAAGCGGCUGCAGUGCGGCGCCAUGCUCACAGAGUUCAGCCUCCCGAGCAUUCCCUUAGGAAUCAAGGUGGGGAGCAGCCGCCGGAACGGGCUUUUCGAAAUGGCUCGCUAUUUCGGCAGAGGCAAUGAUUCUGGUGGUGAGAGGCUGGCGGAACGAGCUCUUAUGCAGAGUAGUUCCUCGGGUUUUCGAGCCUCGGGUUGCACGGUGCACAGAAGAUCGUUGCAGCGGACGCUGCAUAGGAAAGCGUUGCCUUGGGCGGAACGGAGAGCGCAAUCAGCGGCAGGGAAAGCGGUGGUGCGAGGUUUGCUGAGCUGUGGUGAAGCAGAGACAGGGCGUGCUGUGCAGAUGCAGGCGGAGAAGGAUGAGGAGGGGAAUGCCGAGGAAGUGAGCAACACGGGGCAACCAAGCAACGGAACAGUUGAUCCGAAACAUAAAGAAGACGAGAAUCCUGGGCCGGGUGCAUGGAAAGAGAUGGAGGAGUUGUUGGAUGCAGCUGAUGAGCACGUGCAAUCGUGGAUGGCGUGGGAAUACAAGGCGUUUCUCCCCAUCACGGGCGCCAACCUGGGGCUGUUCCAUCGCAACGGCUCGCUGAAUAUGCGCCUGGCCUUGCUCCUUGCCCGGACGUACCCACAAGCCGUUGCAGGCCGCAAGGCAGCCAUGGCGUGCCCUGUUCCCCUCUCACGCGAGCUCUCCUCUCACGCAGCUCCCCCCACGCUCGUCGCUGAUUGGCUGCGCGACGAUCAGGAGGCUCCUCCCACUGGUGCUCCUCCCCCUGACUUGCGAUUAGGGUUUUGCAUUUUCAGCUCAGAUCUGGGCCUCGGCCUUCCCCUGGCGUCACAACCUUUGUCCGCCCUCUCUGUGUUCGCUCCUUGCUCUGUGCCGUUUGGUGCAGAUGAUGGGGGGUAUGGUGGGGGAGGGGAGCAGCAGCAGGCAGAGGAGGAAGACGAGGAGGAGGAGGUGGAAGAGGAGCAGGAGGAGGAGGAAGAGCAAGAGGAGGAGCAGGCACAGGGGGGUGAGGGGGAGGGGGAGGGGGAGGAAGAGGAGGAGGAGGAUGAGGAGGAAGAGGAGGAGGAGGCGGAAGAGGAAGAAAGAGGGGAGGAUGGAGAAGAUGGCCAGUGGGUGCAAGACGGAGUGGGUGUAACGGAAGGGGUAGUACAGGGUGUGGAGCAGGAGGAGGAGGAGGAGGAGGAGCAGGAGGGGGAGGAUGAGGAAGAGGAGGAGGAAGAGGAGGAGGAGGAAGAGGAGGAGGAGGUGGAGGAGGAGGAACACGAGGAAGAGGAGAGGGAGGAGGAGGGAGACGAAGAAGAGGAGGAGCAUCCGGUGCAAGAAGGAGAGGAGGAAGAGGAGGAUGAUGAGGGAGAAGAAGCAGAGGAAGAAGAGGAGGAGGAGGAGGAAGAGGAGGAGGAAGAGGAGGAGGAGGUAGAGGAAGAGCAGGAGGAAGAGGAGGAUCAGCAGGAGGAAGAGGAGGAGGAAGAGGAAGAGGAAGAAGAAAGCGUGCAGUUAGUAGAAGAGGAGGAAGGGCAUGGGGAAGGGGUAGAAGCGGAUAAGGAUGAGGGAGAGGGAGCAGAGGAGGAGGAAGUGGAAGAGGAGGCGGUAGAGCUGGAGGAAAGCGAGGAAGAAGAGGAGGAGGAGGAGGAGGAAGAGGAGGAUGAGGAUGAGGAGGAGGAAAAUCAGGGAGAAGCAGAAGGGCGCGAGCCCAAGUGGCUUGAAGAGGAGGAGGACGUACCAUUGUCUCACAUGCGGGGAGGACGACCGAGCAAGGCAAACCAGUCAGGUCAUACCCCUGCUGCUGCUGCUGCUGCUGCUGCUGCUGCUGCUGCUGCUGCUGCAGGAAAAGCGGCUAGCGCUGUAGACAUAGUGGGAGGGAGAGGACGAGGAGGGUCAUUGGCAGGCCCAGCAGCAGCAGCAGGAGGAGUGGUUCCAGAUUCGUCAGCAGUUGGGAGGGGAUCUGUAGCCGCUGGUGUUGGUCGAGGGAUGGUGAAGCAGGAAGCAGGGGACGUGAAUGGAUUUCCAGGGAUGAGCCACCAGCGGCACCACCUUGCUUCUCCUGCUUCUCGUGCUGCGGCUGAUGCGGCCAGCAUCAGCGCCGGGGCUGGUGCUGAUGCAGGGAAGAGAGGGGAAAGAGCAGCGUUAGGCGGGCAAGGAUCCUCUGCCAAGGCUGAAGUAGUAGAUGGUCCGUCUAGUCCGUCUAGACCCUCCGUGCCCGUUUUCACCCCCGCUGGCGGAGAUACAAGUCAGUCUAAAGAAAGUGCUUUCCAUGCUGCUGCGGCUGCGGCUGCGGCUGCGGCUAGCGGUGCCACCGGAGGAAGGAAUGAGCUGGUGGUGUCGAGGGAUCGUGCGAGGUUGGAUGCAGCGGUUGCAGCAGCAGGCGUGCUGGAGCUCUGUCCUGGCGUGCAGCUGCGUAUGCUGCCUGAUUAUGAUGAUAUAGCCCCAAGCUUGGGGCUUCCAGGCUAUGCGGACGUUUAUCUGGAUGAAAGGGCGUUGAAUCCUAGUUUGGGACCCGGGGAACUUGCUUCUGUGGUCCUGGCGGGGGUUAUUCAGAAGGAGAAGGAACGGCGGGAGUGGGAGGUGAAGCAGAGAGUGGGGAAGGAGCUGGAGAGAUUAGAGGGAGAGAGGAUGGAAAGGGAGAGGUUAGAGAGGGAGAGGUUGGAGCGGUUGGAACAGGAAAGGAAGGUAAGGGAGAGGAGGGAGAGGGAGAGGAGGGAGAGGUUGAGGAGGGAGCAGGAGAGGAAGGAGAGGGAGAGGAAGGAGAGGGAGAGGAAGGAAAGGGAGAGGAAAGAGAGGGAGAGGAUAGAAAGGGAGAGGAAGGAGGCUGAGAGGAGGGAGAGGGAGAGGAAGGAACGGGAGAGGAAAGAGAGGGAGAGGAAGGAAAGGGAGAGAAAGGAGAAGGAGAGGAAGGAGAGGGAAGAGAGGGAGCGUCAGAGGUUGUUGGAGUUGGAGAGGAAAAGAGAGGAGGAAAGGAGAAGGGAGGAGGAGAGGAAAAAGGAGGAGGAGCGGCAGAGGCAGUUGGAAUUGGAAAGGCAGAGGGAGGAAGAGAGGAAGCGACAAAAUGUCUCAGGCGCUUGGAAUGUCCCCAAAGAUUCUCAUGGAGAGAUCUGGUUGGCGCUGGGUUUGCCGGUGCAGGGAAGUCAUGGUGAUACGCAAGGGCGUGCCUCUGCUGCGCUGGGGGGAGCUGGGUUUGCAGCAGGCAUGCAGCAGCAGCAGCAGCAGCAGCAGCAAGCGGGGAUGCUUGUGCAAAAGCAGGGUAGGCCGUCUCUAGACGCUGUUCUGGCAGCAGCAGUGGCAGCAGGGAGUAGCACUGGUGGCACAGCAGGUGCAGGAGCAGCAGACGCAGCAGAAGCAGCAGGUGGGGCAGCAAUGCAGCAGUUUUCCCUGGGCGCGCCAGGCUCUGCCACCCCCUUCCCGCAACAACCCACACCACCAUCCGCCCUCACCCCACCUCCGCUCUCCGCCCUCUCCGCCCCACCGCCUUCCAAACCUGGCGAAGCCGGUGGCCCUGUGACAGGGAUAGUGCAGGGAAAGCGUGGGGUGGUGGGCGGGGGGAGGAAGGUUCUGUCUAAGAUGGAACAGGAGGCAGCGCUGCUGAAAGAGAUGGAGAAAACGGCCAAGGCAUGGAGCUCCAUGGUGCGAAAGGACCUGCUGAAGCACCACCGGCUGUUUGUGAUGACGCACAAGAAGCAGUCGCUGGACUGCAAACGCACCGCUGAGCUGUGCCAACGGGAGGUCCGUGCACGCGUGACACGGUCAGUCAAGGCGGCUAAAGGCGCGCCACUGCGUAUGAAGCGGCUGGCCCGGGAUAUGGUGCUGUUCUGGCGGCGGUACGACCGUGAGCAGACUGAGCUAAGGAAGAGGGAGGAGAAGGAGGCGCUAGAGGCGAGGCGGAGGGAGGAGGAGCUCAGAGAAGCGCGGCGGCAGCAGCAGCGGCUGAAUUUCUUGCUCACACAGACGGAGCUGUACUCGCAUUUCAUGCACUCCAAGGUUGCGCCGGGGGGCGGGGCGGCCGGUGGUGCUGGGGCGAAAGCACGUGCAGCGGCGACUGCUGCUGGUGGUGGUGCUGCUGCUGGUGCAGCCGCUGGUGCUGGUGGUUCCGGUGCUGGUGGGGGAGGAGAGGGUUUAAGUGCGGAGGAGGUGGAGGAGAACGAGAGAAUGGCGGAGGAAGCAAGGUUGGCUGCGGUGCAAGCGGCGAGUGAGCAGCAGAGCCGCACGAACCUGUUUGACUCGGAAUCGAGACGGCUGCGAGGGGAAGGGGGAGAGGGGGAGGGGGAGGGGGAGGGGGAAGAGGAGGAUUUGGGGGCGGGCAGGGAGGGGGAGGAGGGCAUGGCUGCGGAUAUGGAUCUGCUGAACCCGUCCACAAUGCCGGAAGCAUCAACAGUGGCGCAGCCAAGCAUCUUCCGAGGGCGGCUGAAGGAGUACCAGUUAAAGGGGCUGCAGUGGCUUGUCAAUCUCUACGAGCAGGGCCUGAACGGGAUUCUGGCGGAUGAGAUGGGACUUGGCAAGACCAUUCAAGCCAUGACCUUCCUUGCUCAUCUAGCUGAGGAGAAGGGCAUCUGGGGACCCUUCCUCGUGGUGGCGCCAGCGUCGGUGCUCAGCAACUGGGCGGACGAGCUUGCACGGUUCCUGCCGGAGUUCAAGGUGCUGCCGUACUGGGGAGGGCUGCCAGAGCGCACAGUGCUGCGCAAGAACAUCCACCCGAAGAAGCUCUACCGCAAGGACGCGGCGUUCCAUGUGAUGGUGACGUCGUACCAGCUGCUGGUAGCAGACGACAAGUACCUGCGGCGGGUCAAGUGGCAGUACCUCGUGCUGGACGAGGCCCAGGCUAUCAAGAGCGCUGGCAGCAUCCGGUGGCGCACGCUGCUGUCGUUCUCGUGUCGCAACCGGCUGCUGCUGACGGGCACGCCCAUCCAGAACUCCAUGGCGGAGCUGUGGGCGCUGCUGCACUUCAUCAUGCCCACGCUCUUCGACAGCCACGAGCAGUUCAGCGAAUGGUUCUCCAAGGGCAUUGAGGGCCAUGCGGAGCAUGGAGGGCUGCUCAAUGAGCAUCAGCUCAGCCGUUUGCACGCCAUCUUGAAGCCAUUCAUGCUGCGGCGCGUGAAGAAGGACGUGGAGACGGAGAUGAGCGGCAAGAAGGAGCUCGUGGUGCCAUGCGAGCUGCGGGCGCGGCAGCAGGCGCUGUACCGCGCAGUGAAGAACAAGAUCUCCAUCGCGGACCUGUUUGACAGCGUGGGCGGGCAGAUCAACGAGAAGAAGGUUCUGCACCUCAUGAACCUCGUCAUCCAGCUCCGGAAGGUGUGCAACCAUCCAGAGUUGUUUGAGCGCAACGAGGCAGCGGCGUAUUUCUACUUUGCCACCAUCUCCCCGCCGCUGCAGCCCCCGCCGUUCGGGGAGCUCGACUGGGUGCCGUACAGCGGGCGCCACAACCCCAUCACAUACACGGUCCCCAAGCUUCUCUACCGUGAGUGCACGCCAGCACUCCCUCCCACCUCCUCCGGUGUUUUCCAGGGCUUCGCAAACAAGUGGCUGUACCACCAACUAUCCAUCUUCUCCCCCAUCCACAUCCACCACUCCCUCUUCCCCCGCUCUCCCCCCUCCUCCUCCUCACCAUCCUCCUCCUCCUCUCCUUCCUCCCCCUCUUCCCCCUCUGCUUCUUCAGCCACUCACCAGUCCCUUACAGUGCUGCGCCUCCCCUCUCCCUCCUCUCCAUCCGCCUCUUCUUACUCUUCCACCCCCUCUGCUAUCUCCCCAUUUGGGUUUCUCCGCUUGUUGGAUCUAGCGCCUUCUGAUGUCUCCUUUCUAGCUCGUGCCACGGCCUUUGAGAGGGCUGUUGCGGGGGAGUUAAUGAGGCAAGCGGGGUGUGCGCAGGUGUUUAUGGGGGAGGGUUCAACUGACUGGCUGGAUGAUUGGGAGGAGGAUUGGGCGGUUGGGAAGCGGAGGGAUGGUGAGGAGGAGAAAGAGGAAGCGGUGGAGGAGGAGGAGGAGGCAGAGAGGGGAAGAGAGGAGGAGGGGAUGGAGGAGAGGUUAUUGGCUGUACAUAGACUGUUGUGUGUGAAGCCGAGAGGGCAAGGAGCUGUGUUGAGGAGACGAGAGCACUGGUUAAAGAAGGUAGAGGAGAGACGAUUCAGUGACAAAGAGGAGAGAGGUGUGAGGAAGGAGAAGCAGGAAGGGGAGAGAGUCCCGAGAGAAGUGGUAACGCAGGUGGGAGAGGAAGGGGUGGGCGGGAGGGUAGGGGAACGAGGUGAGGGGGGAGAGCGGGUGGAAGGGAGGAGUGGGGAAGAUGUGGAGCGGAGUAACGAAGGGCGGCAGGAAGGAGUAGAUGUUAAGAAAGAGGAGGAGGAUGUGCUUAUGGAGGAGAUGAGAGGAGGAGAGGGGAAGGAGAGCGAUAAGGAAAGAGAUAGGGAAAGGGAUAAGGACAAAGGGGGAGGUGAAGUGAAGGAGAAGGAGGUGGAUGGAGAGAAAGACGGUGGAGAGGAGGCUAUGGAGGUGGAUGGGGAGAAGGAGAGUGGCGACAAGAAUGGGGAGGUGAAAGAAGAGAAAGUGGAAGAGAAAGAGGGGGAUAGGGAGGACGCGAAAGCUGGGGAGAGGGAGAAGGACGCGGGAAAGAUGACGAGUGGGGGUACUGAGGAUGAUGUUAGAAGACGAGAGGUGGAAGAGGAUGUGGAGACAGCAGAGGUGAAAGAGGAGGCAGAGGGAAGAGAAGGGGAGGAGGAGAGAAGAGGGGGGGUAAAGGAGGGUGGAGUGAAGGAGGAAGAGGAUGAGGGGAGGCAUUCUGGUGAUCGCCCUGAAUGUGUUGAGAGUAAGAAAGAUACCGUCUCUACAAUGCCACGUCGCUCAUCCAUGCCACCCACACCUUCAUGCCUGCCGUGCGCGCUCCCCCCAUCGACUUCCUCUGCCAUGACCGCUCGUUUGCGUACCAGCAGCAGCAGCAGCUCUACCCGCCGUGGGCGCUCCGCCUCCUGCUGGGUUUCACGCGUGUGA